AAUAAUGUCGCUGUACACUAUUUUUUAAAUUUACACUGUGUCUCGUUUCGAUUAGUUUUUUCUUGUGUAAAUUCGCUUGUUACCCAACUGUUGUGACCCUUGGGUCCGGUGACCCUCUAGUAACUGUCUGAUCUGUGUCUGUGUUCCGCUUAAAACGCUCGAUGAGACAACGCAUCGACGCAGUUGCUCUGUAGAACGUCCGUCGCAAUGUUCUGGCUCGGAUUCGGUUUGCUGUUGAUCGCGUUGUCCCUAUACCUGCUAUAUGUCUUCGAGCGGCAGAGCAGGAUCGACCGCCUCACCCACAAGUGGCCGGCUCCACCGGCGCUGCCUUUCAUUGGCCAUCUGCACAUCCUAGCCCAAUUGGUUGGACCGCAUCCGCUGCGACGAGCCACCGAAAUAAUCACCAACCAUCUGAAGGAUCACCGCGGCAAACUGUGGAUGGGCACCAAGCUCUACUUGGUGGACUGCAAUCCCAAGGAUAUACAGGCUCUGUGCAGUGCACAGCAGCUGCUGCAGAAGACCAACGACUACAGGGUAUUCGAGAACUGGCUCUGCGAGGGCCUCUUCACCAGCGGAUUCGAGAAGUGGUCCCAUCGCCGGAAGAUCGUAAUGCCGGCCUUCAACUACACCAUGAUCAAACAGUUUGUGGCCGUCUUUGAGAAGCAGUCGAGGAUUCUCCUGUCGAAUGUCACGAAAUUUGCCGAUUCCGGGGACGAAAUGGACUUCCUUCAGCUGAUCAGCUGCUUCACUUUGGACACUAUUUGUGAAACUGCCCUCGGAGUCUCUGUGGGCUCGCAGUCGAGCGCUAAAUCGGACUACCUCGAUGCUGUUAAAUCAAUCCUUGUGAUCAUCGAUAAGCGACUGAAGAACAUCUUCUACCGCAACUCGUUCAUUUUCAAACGCACAUCGCACCAUAAGCGAGAGCUGGAGCUGAUAAAAACGCUACACGGAUUCACAGAGGGCAUUAUCCAGAAACGGAUUGACGAAAUCAAUCAGGAUGCUGAGAAUCGCAACUACCAGACUAAUGAUGCGGAAUUGGACGGAGUCAAGCGGACCAACUGCUUCCUGGACACUCUGCUGCUGUCCAAGGGUCCCGAUGGUAAACCAUUGACGGUCAAGGAUAUUCGCGAGGAAGUGGACACCAUCAUAUUUGGGGGCUUCGAUCUGACGGCCACCACCCUCAACUUCUUCAUGUACAACAUGACUCUUCAUCCGGAGCACCAGCAGCGAUGUCGCGAGGAGGUGUGGUCGGUAUGUGGGAAGGACAAAAGGGAACCCAUCACCAUGGAGCAGGUGCGUCAGAUGGAGUUUCUAGAGGCUUGCAUCAAGGAAACGCUGCGGAUGUAUCCCUCAGGUCCACUCACCGCCAGAAAGGCCACAGCCAACUGUACAAUUAAUGACUUCUUCAUCCCGAAGGGCAGUGAUGUUAUCAUUUCCCCAAUUUACAUGGGGCGCUGCAAGGACUUCUUUCCGGAUCCGAUGGUCUUCAAGCCAGAUCGCUGGGCGAGUGGAGCGGAGCCCAAAAUUGAGGCCACCACUUUCAUACCCUUUAUGGCGGGCGCGCGGAGUUGCAUGGGCCAGCGGUAUGCCAUGGUGAUGCUCAAAGUGGUGCUAGCCCACCUGCUGAGGAACUUCCUGUUCGAGCCCCUUGGCGAGCGACAGGUGAAGAUGAAGCUCAACUUUGUGAUCACCCUCCAUACCGUCGAACCCUAUCUAUGUAGAGUUAAGCAUCUAGAUUGAGGCUAGCCAGCAGUUUUCACUUAGCCAAUACGUGUGUCAAUAAAGUUAGGUAAUUGUACAGAUA